UCAGUUGUCAAACUCAUUGAGACGAGAACGGUUGCAAAAGAAACGGUUCGUAAACAGAAAAACAGAAUUUUGUAAAGCGAAGCAAAAAAGUACCGCUAAAUAAUACAGGGUAACGGCAAGAAUAACGCUCGUGGUGGUGGUGGUCGUCGUCAACGUUGUAGUAGCUUCAGCAGCCCCUUUUGAAUAUAUGCUGUAUGUAUGUUGAUGUGAAUAAAGAAAUCGUUUAAGAAAAAUAACAACGAUACAAAAAACCUAAUUAACCAAGAGCAAGCAGUAGCAGCCAACCAACAUCUCUCCAUUCAUUAACUGACGAGACUGGUUUCCUUCGAACAACUCCAGUUACAUAGAAAAUAUCAAGAUAACAUUGAACGCCCCAAGUAGACGUAGACUAAUUUUUGUAAAAAUUCCCUGCCGUCAUUUUUAUGAAUUAUGACAGCUGAAGUUAUGGCAGCAAAUGAUACACACUGGGAUCCGGCUCUUUCCAAGCUGAUAGCAUCGCUUAAAGAAGCUGAAAGUCUUUCCAAUGACCAAGAAAUUGAUUUUCUGCAGACGCUGCUGGAGUCCAAAGAAUUGAAUGCUUUGGUCAACGUCCACAGUAAAGUGGCCAAGGUGGGGAAGGAUGAUCGCCUGGCACCCAUUCUAUCAACAUCAGGGAUGAUAAUGUGUGAAGUACUGGAACAAUUAUCACAGCAAUGUCACCUGAACGAGGAUUGCCGCGAGGCAUUUCAUCUACUACAGAAACCGCAUUUACAUAGUCUUCUUUAUGCCCACGAUGCCAUUGCUCAAAAGGACUUCUAUCCACAUCUUCCCGAUUUACCCAUAGAAAUGGAUGAAGAUGAGGAGACCAUUAAAAUUGUUCAAUUGGUUAAAAGUAAUGAACCCUUGGGUGCCACCAUAAAAACCGAUGAAGAAUCGGGUAAAAUUAUAAUAGCUCGCAUUAUGCAUGGCGGUGCUGCCGAUCGUUCGGGACUGAUACAUGUCGGCGAUGAGGUCAUCGAAGUCAAUGGCAUUAAUGUGGAGGGUAAAACGCCUGGGGACGUUUUAAGUAUAUUGCAAAACUCUGAAGGCACCAUCACAUUCAAAUUGGUACCCUCCGAUGGCCGAGGGGCCCAACGCGAAUCGAAGGUACGCGUUCGUGCCCAUUUCGAUUAUAAUCCUGAAGUUGAUCCCUAUAUACCUUGUAAAGAAGCUGGUCUGGCAUUUCAACGGGGUGAUAUUCUGCACAUUGUAUCACAGGAUGACUCAUACUGGUGGCAAGCUCGUCGCGAAUCUGAACGUACAGCUCGUGCCGGUCUAAUUCCCAGUCGUGCCUUGCAAGAAAGACGUAUUAUACACGAACGGACGCAACGUGAGAUUGGCGAUGGGGAAUCAAAAAAGGGUUCAUGUACCUCCAUAUGUUCCACACCGCCUGGUUCACCUAGAUUACGUUCUAGCAGUAGUACCUCAUCAUGUCGCCAACCGAAAACUAAAAAAAUCAUGUACGAUUUAACAGAGAACGACGACUUUGAUCGGGAGCUAAUUGCCACCUAUGAAGAAGUAGCCAAACUGUAUCCACGUCCAGGCAUUUAUAGACCGGUGGUGUUGAUUGGAGCGCCCGGUGUCGGACGUAAUGAGCUGAGGAGACGUUUGAUAGCGCGUGAUCCUGAAAAAUAUCGAAGUCCAGUGCCAUAUACCACACGUCCCAUGCGCACCGGUGAAGUUGCCGGCCGGGAAUAUAUUUUUGUUAGCCGAGAAAAAAUGGAGGCCGACAUUGAGGCUGGUAAAUUCAUUGAACAUGGUGAAUACAAAGGCCAUUUGUAUGGCACUUCGGCGGAAAGUGUCAAAUCAAUUGUCAAUGCUGGCUGUGUUUGCCUGCUCAGUCCCCACUAUCAGGCCAUAAAGGCAUUGAGAACGGUACAAUUGAAACCCUUCCUUAUACACAUCAAACCACCGGAAUUCGAUGAGCUGAAGAAGACACGUACAGAUUCGAGAGCCAAAUCCACAUUCGAUGAAUCGAAUGCAAGAGGUUUUACGGAUGAAGAAUUCACUGACAUGAUCAAAUCAUCGGUUCGCAUUGACUUCCUCUAUGGCCACUUUUUCGAUGAAGAAAUUCUAAAUGCCGAUUUGGUGACAGCAUUCGAAAAACUUGUAAAUAUUGUACAACGAGUUGAAACGGAACCGCUGUGGGCCCCAUCAUCGUGGGUGCAAUAAGAUCUGUAGAAUGAAUGGCAGGAAUGAUAGACGACAGUGGAAUGGGUUGUGGAGCAGGCAGCUAUACAAAAGAAAACAACACUCACACACAAAAGCAAAAGUUUAAACAGCUCAAAUGGAAUAGCUGGGAAUACCGGGAAACACAACAACAACAACAAAAGACAAACACUGCUACAAAACCAAAACAAAAAAAUGCCAAAAGAACACACAAAAUUACUAAAAAUUGUUGAAACCAAAAAAAAAAAACCUACAUUAGAAAUGUAUCAUCCAAAAGAAAUUCAAUUCGAAGAAUAAAAACCAAAACUCAAAUAACAACAACACCAAAAAAAUAUUUAGAUUCAUGUCUUUAGAGAAAAAAAAUUGUUUUAAUUUUUAAGCUUAUACAAUUUAAAAAAAUAUUUAUUUAAACCAAAAAAGAAAACACCAUAAUAUUUUUUCAGCUGACAUUGUAAAAUUGCUAUAAUCCGCCAAAAAAGAGAAUAAAACAUCUGAAAUGAUAACACAAA